AUAACCCACACUUUAUCCCACCACAUGUAACCUGUCACUCGACUAAUCGUGGUGUAUCUAUUUAUACUGCUGGGUGGACAGAGGCAGGGGGAAUUUAAGAAAUAUGCUCGUCGCUUAAACUGCCAUGCCUAGAGAUAUAGCUCGGGGGUAACUUUAAAUGACCAUGCACACUUUGAACAUGACAGAAUCUGGUGAUUUAACUGUUUUCAACCGCCCUCCUUCGAAGCGUUUUGACCACCACUCAUUGACUAUUCAAAGGCCAGACCCCGUGACGUGCAACGGAGGAGGAGGAAUUUAGCACGUUGAAUUGUUUUUUUACUGUAAGCAUUGUGAACUUGAAAUAUUACACCCACAACUUGCAGGUUUGGGCAAGCCUCCUUUCCCGGACCCCCCCCCCUCCACUGUGACAGAACAGCUCCCACACACCCAGAACAGCCGAAUGACGAGGGAGGCUGAUGCAUCCCUGACCAACAACAACAGCAUCAAGUCAUGCGCCGGUGUUUCCUACAACGAGUCGUUCUGCUUCACUUACAGCUCGUGCUCGCCACGACAUGGACGACGGAUCGAGUGCAGCAAGAUGACGCCCGGUAUGCACCUGUGAAAGGUGGUCACGCAUUUCAAGAAUGGUCAUCAUAUGGAGACAUCCAAAGAAGGAACGAUAAUUUUCAAGCAUACUUUACUAAGAUUAUCAGAAGAGAGAAGAGGCAGUUUGUUAUACCUUCGAUCAAAAUUCCAGAAAAUGAUGCCGGACCUUUCCCAAAGCAUUUCACCACCUUGCGAGCGACGGGUAAAUCUAAGCCGGUUCGGUUCAACGUGACGGGCCCUGGGAUGGAGCAGACACCAGAUGGAUUUUUUUCGUACAACCCGAACACAGGGUACCUCUACACCACCCGGCCCAUCGACCGGGAAAAAACUCCACGUGUUCAAUUGGAGUAUUUCAUCUACAAUGACCAAGGCACCUUGCUUGAAGGACCCAAACGUCUAACGAUAGAUAUUCUGGACAUGAAUGACAAUGUGCCAGAGUUUGCAUCCCACAUCUUCAAUGCCACCAUUCCAGAAAAUGCAGCAUAUGGCGUUUCAGUGUUGCAGGUGUCUGCUGUGGACAGAGACGACCCGAGCACUCCGAAUGGCAGGCUCGUGCACAGCAUCGUCUCUCAGAGCCCAGGCGUGCCCUUCGCAAAGCUGUUCACCAUCAACGGCACCACGGGAGUCAUCUCCACAGCAUUUGGUCUGUUUGACCGAGAGCUUGUAGAUAGCUACACGCUGACAGUUCAAGCCACGGAUCUGGGUGGGCGAGCGGGUGCCCUUUCAGCCAGUGCCACCGUGUCCGUGACCAUCUCCGACGUUAAUGACAACCCGCCGGUGUUCCAUCACCUGCAGGUGUAUGGGGAAGUCAAAGAGAACACCACCGACCUUAACGUGACAACGUUGAGCGUAACGGACAGAGAUGAGAAAUUCACUCCCAACUGGAGGGCAGUGUACAAGAUCCAGAAUGGAAAAACACAGGCACUUGUCGCGAUCAAAACUGACCCUCAAACAAACCAAGGCAUCGUUAGUAUCAUUAAGCCUGUGCACUACAGAGACACCAAGGCGAUCGUGCUCAACGUCUCGGUGGAGAAUGAGGUCGCCGUCUUGGGUGGCGACACGGGGAGUUUGGCAGGGCCCACGGACCUCUGGGGGGCACAGGAUCCUUUUUGGGCCGUGCCAGGGCGGCGGCCGUGCCAGCUCGUGAUUCGCGUGCUGGAAGAGGAGCUGGCGCCCGUCUUCGUGCCGCCCCACGUGGAGGUGACGGUGGAGGAUGGAGCCCGACCUGGAGCCCGCGUCACCAUUCUCACCGCCACCGACCCAAACUCCUCGGCCAGCCGCAUCGAGUACAGUAUCCUCGACGAUGAGGCAAAUUGGCUACACGUGGACAGGAGCAGCGGGGAGGUCACGACCAGAGCAACACUCGACAGAAACUCCACGUUUGUGCAAAACAGCACGUACACGGUUCUUGUGACUGCCAUCAAGCACGGUGCGGCCACCAAGACCGCCACGUGCUCCCUCGCCGUGCGCCUGGACAGCCCCGCAGCGCGUCCCCUGCUGACCCUGCCCCCCAAGCCGGCAAAGCGGCGGGGCCUGAACGUCGGUGCCAUGGCUGCAGUCAUCUUCUCGAUCGUCGCGCUCGUACUGGCGGCGCUUCUUUUGCUACUGUGUCGAAGAUCCAGAAAGAGCCAGCCAUCCGAAUACCUGAUUUCGAAGAUGGAAGCAGAGGGCUCUCUGAUCAAAUACAACGAGGACGGUGGUGAGGAGAAACCGUACUCCUUGAGGCUCGUGGACAUGACCAAGAUCAAAGGCGAUGAAGGCUCAAGGGAAAACACCUCCCGGGACCAAGAGGACCCGCCUAGAGAUCCCACGGAGAGCAGUUUGUUUCUGCAAAAUAUAUCGCCACGCACUGACGGGGAGACUGAAAACGACUGCAGUAUCAAGACAAACUCUGCAGCGCAAAGUUUCGGCACGCUCUCCGAAGAGGGUUCCAUAUUCCAAACCGCAGAUUUAGAUGUUGACCUUGAGAGCGUUGGGUUGGAGUCCCUUCCGAGGAGCUGCCAGGAGCUCGAGACCCUGCCCGGGGUUCCCGCGGCCAUGCCCUCCUUGCUGCCCGGCGGGAUGCUGCUGCGUUCCAAAAACUUCCAAAACAUUCACGUGGCAUCAGACGUGACGACGUCGGGUGACGGUGGCCUGGCGUCGCAGCGGUUCAGCAAGUCCAUGCACAGCUUUUCGGACGCUCGGGCGAGCGAGUUUGCGUCGUCAGAAUUACUCCUGGACCAGGAUAUGUUUGCACAAGAGCACUCAGAUCUUGAGAGAUACCAGUCGGAUGAUCAUGGGAUGUCGGAAUCGACAGAUGUCAGCCUGGACUGUGAUUGGCCUGAGGACAAUGGGUCCGAGUCUGUGACUCUGGACACCCCACAGCCAGCAGCCAACCCCAUGCUGCGUGCGUUCGAGCAGCUCAACUCUGGGCAACUGCAAGAGUGCUUCUCAAUACUCCUCGGAACGGAGAAAGAGCUCGCGGACAUGGACCCGUCGGCCCAGGCCAAUGACAUGCUGCUGUCGUACCGCUACGAGGGGGACGGCUCCCGGGCUGACAACCUCUCCUGCUGCUCAAGCUCCCGCGGAGACCGCGGCUGUCGCUCGGCGCAGCCUCCUGCAAGCACAGCGAGGCGGUAGAGGAGGCUCUUCUGUACGGCCACGGUGUGGAAACGCCCACCGAGUUAUCCGAGACUAAGAUCCGUAAAAUAGAGAAGGUUGUUCUGUACGGCCACGGUGUGGAAAUGCCAACGAGUUAUCUGAGGCUCCGAUCCGUAAAAAUAUACGGUAUGGCUUAAUCAGAGUGUGCGCGAUGCUGUUGGAAGCCGAAAACAGGUAAAGGCGCAGUCCUGCAAUUGCUUGCUCCUGCCACUGCUGAUGGAAGGGCUUCCACUAGAGUGGAACUCUGCUUCAUAGCUCAUCGGAUUCCUGCAGUCGAAAUAAAAUUCUGAUAAUCAUCACUUGCUCUCAUCAUCAUGAUCAUGAUUUGUGUGAGAAUUGGUUAUGCUUACCGAUUACUGUUCUCACACUACUUGCAAUCAACAUAAACAAAAUACAGUCUGUUCUAUAAUGCGUUAGUUUCGUUCCCGAAGUACACCGCGUUAUGGGAAAAUGGCGUUAUAAUAAAUAAUAUAUUAUAUAGGGUAAAGCACGGUCCACGAUAACACGUGAGAUGCGUACACAGGCUGAACACAG